UUCAGGGAGUGUCCCAAAAUAGAAGUCUAUCUUCAUUUGUUAGGCUGCAGUUUAAUUGAACACAAAUCCAAGCCAUAGUAUAAGCAACAAAAUUCUUAACUAAAUUUAUCUAAGGAGACAUUUCUCCCCCAGCACUCUAAAAUAUAUAUUUUAGAUUUAUCAGUUAUUUCUAAAGAACAAAUCAGCAAUGAAGUUGAGUGUUGGAAUAUUUUUUGGAGGCUUCUUUGGAGCUCUUGGGAUUUUGUUUUUUCUGGUUGCUUUUGGGACAGACUAUUGGCUUCUGGCUACAGAAGUUGGGAGGUGUUCUGAAGAUGUGAAUCGCACUAGGGAAGAGACGAUUAUGUUCCACCAUGAAGGUUUCUUCUGGAGAUGCUGGUUUGAUGGGAAGAUUGAUGAAAAUCCCAGCAGUAUGUUGAAGUUUUGGUACACGAACCAGUCACCUUCUAAAAACUGCACCCAUGCUUAUCUCUCUCCAUUUCCUUUCUUAAGAGAUUCCCAUAACUCAACAACCUAUAAUUCUGCAAUUAUUUAUCGUGGUUUCUGGUCAAUUUUCAUGCUCCUUGGAGUGGUCACUGUGGUGGUUGCUAGUUUCUUCAUCAUUUGUGCUGCACCUUUUGGUAGUCACAUCCUCUACAAAAUAGGAGGAGGUUUUUUCAUUGCUGCUGGCAUCCUAUUCUCCCUGGUGGUUGUACUGUAUGUUAUCUGGGUCCAAGCAGUGGCUGAUCUCAAAAACUAUGAAGCUCAGAAGAAAAUUGACUGUUCAAGUUAUUCCAUCUUUGUACGUUAUGGCUGGUCUUUUAUACUGGCUCCAGUUGGAAUAUUCUUUGUUAUAUUUUCUGGCAUGUUGUUCCUCCUGGUAGGACGUACAAUUUAUCUGCAUUCUGAUUAGUUGGGUAGCAGGCGCUUGAACUAUUAGUGUGUAGUGAAGUUGUGCUAAAAAGGUUUUUUAUACAUUGUUAUCCCUACUACCAUAGAAUGCUCAUGGUAUCAUUGAAGAUUGACUUAAAUGAAUAAUGUAAUUUCAUAUUGUCUACUCAGUAAUACUGGAAGUGUGACCUUAGGUUCAGUGAAAUUGCUUCCCAGAAAUGUGCACAAGAUUGUAGCCACUGUUUACAUGUUCUUGCCAUGAAGGACAUGAAAAUCCUUUCAGAAAUAGGAUCCUUUUAUAUUUCUUCAAAUUUUCCUACAUGUAUUAACACACAAGGAAAUAUAUAAAAUAGUUAACAUAACAAUUAGGUGCUGGCUGCAGGCCAAUUCAACAAUUCAUUAUUGACAUUAACAACUUAAUGAAGGAACAUUUACAAUGAAACUAGAUCUUUUUUUCUUUCCUGCCCAAAUAUUUGCUGCUGGAAAUAAGGAAAAGGUUAUGAGGUCAUCCUUCUCAAUUUAUCUACAAUGAAUUUUGUAUUCUGUUUUCAGAAAGAUUCCAAAUUUGAUGUCAUUAGUAAUAACACUUUAAUGUUAUAUAAUAUAAUAAUGUUGAUUUCCAGAAACACACAUAUUUUUAUUCAAUAUAGAUCUAAAUUUUCCUUAUCAUCAAUAUUUUUUCCCAGUGAAAGGAUCUGUGUGCUUACGACAGCCAAUAAAUAAGAUCCAAUCAUUAAUUCGCCUUGUAGCCAAAUUGUAUCCUUUUCCUAGGCACAAAGAAUGCAGAAUUAUAUGGGAAAGUCUAGAUGCAAAUGCCCACAUUGCUCCUGAAAGAAGGGCCAGCUUUGGUCUCCUUAAGAGUCAUCUGAGAAGCAGUUUGGACUGGGCGUAGUCCUUCAUUAUAAUAUUGUUUGAAUUGGUCCUGCAACCUUACUGAACAAACAAGUAUUCCAUUCAAUGCUUACUCUAUUUGUUUUUGUUUCAAUUCUCAGUUUUAUUAUGAGCAAGCAGUUUGGUUCUUAAAAAUAAUUAUCCACGUAAUGCUUUAGCCAAUGUGUCAGAGAAAAGAUGAGAUUAGUGGAAGAACACUUUGAUACUGUUCAGUAUAGAUGCAAUAAUCCAUGUGGUCCAAAUCAUAAACAGCUUAUCCAAAGGAACUAAGAAAGAUGAUGGGUAAAAUUAUCUAGCUCAGCCCCCAGCAAACAGCAACUGAUGUUGGUUACCUGGGCAUCAAAGUGCAAGAUACAAUGUUAAUUAUUAUUAUUUCAUUUUUACAUCAUGUUUUGGUGUCCAGUGAAGUUUAUAAUUUGAUCCAUUUGAUGAUAUUGUUUAAACUAUUGUCCGUCAAUCAUCUCUUCAUAGUCCACCUACUCUCUUACAACAUGCAAAAGAAGGAAGGAAGGAAGGAAGGAAGGAAGGAAGGAAGGAAGGAAGGAAGGAAGGAAGGAAGACCUAUGAUGGAUAUGUAGAAAGGAUGAUCAUAUGGAAUGGAGAAUAAUGAUAUUCAAAAAAACUCAUAUAUUAUCACUUUACCACACACUUCCCAUGUUGAAGAAGCAAGAACUCCAUCCUUAGCUAGACCACAGUUGAUUCUAAUCAACUUGGUUUCUGCCCCAGAUUGAUAAAAGCUACUGGCAACCUGCAACCCUAGCAGGACGCACCAGCCUUACAUGUGGUGUCUUUUUCUUGUGGCUCAGGAUGAUAGGCUUUCCCCAUAAUCCCUUAAUCCACUAUAAGAUUGAAGUAUUAUGGGUAAUGUAAAGGGGGUAUUGAGGCCUGAUUCAUGUAUUGCUAUCAUCACCAGAAAAUGCAUGUCAAGAUUCAGUUAGAUGAGGAAGGGCAGAAAGGAGGCAUUAGAAAUGUUACUUAUAUCUUUCAAGCCUGGAGCCAGGUCUACAUUUCUCAAGUCUACUUUUGCUCCUUCUAUUUGUUAUCACUUUGCAAUCAUUCACUUUUUAAAAUUAAUACCAUGCUUUCAUUGGAAAACUUGUUCCACCCUCUAUUUUUGGCAAUAGCAAGAAAGGAUGUCUCUUAACAGUCUGUUUACAUCUGUUCUGCUAUAAUAUAAUCCCCUCUAUUGAUUUUCCCCCUUCUCCUCUUACCACAGUGGUUCAGGGUAGAAUUAAAGCCCGCAUGAUUAUGUUCUGAUAAAUAUUAAAAGUGUCCAUUUUUAUGGAACUUCUGUCUUUACCUUUCCAAAGCCUUCUCUGUUGUCUGAAUACUCUACACUACCUGCAUAGGAGGUAUACCUGUAUGCCUCGGAAUAUGACUACGUAGAGACUGGCUAGUCGUGGCAUCAUCUGUUCACCAGGAGAAAGUGAUUAGCAAUUGAAAGUAUGCCAAAUCUGCUUCUUGCAAAUAGGAGCAGAUUUCGAAGAUAAAAUUCUUAUCUCAUCAUUUGCGGCAACAUAUGAUAAUUGGAUUUCUUUAGAAAAAUACAUAUAUAUGUAUUUGACAUAUGUUUUCUAUGAAAAAAAAUUGCUGUAUAUGUUCCCUUUUUAAAAAAAUAAAAGUUAAUGAGGAAAAUA